CAUUGACACGUGCCCAACAUGUGACCAUGUGACACUGAAUUGUAAACAUUCCCCUUCUUUUAUCAGAUGACUCGCCUGCUGUAAUCAGAUUAUGAUGUUGCGAUAGUAGCAGCUCGAGUGCGAUGACAAAGGUUGUGGGUUGUAUUCACAAAACAUAAUGUUGCAUAAAUUUCAUCCAAUCUGCCAAAAUUACCGAAACCGUUUUAUCGCUAACCUAUAAUGGAUCCUGACGAGAUAGUUUACAACGAAUUUUAUCAUACUUUAAGGAAUGAAUAUAGAAGAAAAUAUGACCUUGCGUUAUCGAAAUGCUGGAAUAUCUGUGUGCCUGCUGGUAACUCAUUGCGGGGCUUGCCGAUAACGGAUGAAUUUGUCGAUGAUCACAUUCUAAAACCACAUCCUGAAAUACCACACCAUUUCACUUCAAUUGGAGAAGAUAAUUCUUGUUUAUACAAAUUUGAAAACACAUCGCUGAAGCUAAUAGAGGAAAAUGAGUCAACGAAGGUCAAUUGUCAACAUAAGGUCGGGAUAGUAUCCAUUGAGAAAGGAUACAACAAGGAAUUUCAAAUAUACGUAAUACUCGUUAUGGAAAUGCCGAUUCACCCAAAAUAUAUCUCGCCGAAUAGUCGGAUCGAAGAUGAAGUGAAAUUGAAUUGUAGCGUCGUCUCGUAUAAGGAUGCAAGAGGCUUCCUUGAUCAGUUGUCGGACCAAGCGAAUACUCAGUUUGACAAACUGAAAUCCACGCUAAAGCAAAUUGAUUUGGACGAUUUCAAUUCAUCCGAGGAACUCAGUUCAAUGCUACAAGAUCUCACUCGUCGUUACUGGGCAAUAAUCAUGCGUAAGCAGAGUCUUUGCCUGCAGCGAGAUGCUCGAUUUCAGAAGCUGCUUAGUACCUCCUUGGAAGUAUUUAUUAUGCACUUUAUGUACGAUAAGAUAUAUUAUCUCCUCUCGCGUGCGCUGCUGCAAGAAGAUAUGUAUCUCAAUAAGAAACUAAGUCAAUUCUUCGAUGCUGGUAUUACACCUGAUCAACUGGGGGCUGACGAGUCGUUAGCUAUCUCACUACCCGCUGCCAUAGUUGAACUAGCAACACUGGACGCACGAGAAGGUCCGCUGGAAAAAUCGCUCUGCUUGAGAAGCACGCUGGAUCUGAUUGUCGCCGAGGUUAAAGCAGCAAUUGCCGAAGUACAAACAAAGACUGAAAAUGACGAAAUAACGGUUUCGUCCUUCGUUUAUACUCAAUCCACAGACGAGCUGAUUCCACUGCUCAUAUACGUAAUCGUAAAAUCUCGUCCUAAGCGACUCGUGACUGAUUUACACUACAUAAAAAAUUUCCUUUGGUCCGCAUCGCCGCGUGACGGACUUUCCGAUAGUUUAUGUACCUUUGAGGCAGCGGUAGGUAUUUUGUUUCACUUAGAAGUACACGACUUACCAGGCAGAAGUCGCAAGGUAAAAACAGAAUUACCCAUCGGUGAACUCUUCGAUGUUAUAGCUAGAUCCGAUCAAGAUUUCACUCCUUUAGACAGACAAAUACACCAAUUGGCUACUAUGUUAGAAAAGUGUACACAGAAUUGAUUCGUUCUUUUUUGAUUAAUUUCUCUUUUAUACGCGGACUUAUGACAAUGACAACGCAAUACAACGACUUGCUAUAUUAUUAAACUACUGUAAAUUCAGUAGCAUAAAUACGCCUAUGAAAAUUGAUUCUCGUACUACUUAUUACGUAAAGUUUACGAUACUUACGAAUUGUUUCGUACAUACAUAAAUAAAAGAAUAUUUUACAGUA